AUGAGGCGAGAAUUCGUACAUAGCUUUGCUCAAGUUACCAACAGUAAGCCUGCCCUUCUCAGAGAGGCAUACAGAAGAUUAACAGGAGACAGAUCAGCAGCUUCAAGCUUAACUGAAGCGGAAGUUGACGCACGUGUUGCCGAGAUGUUGGAACUAGAGGACCCAGAUUUAAUAUGUGACCUUCGUGUUAAUAAUGCAGGACGACCGCAGGAGUACAUAGUUUUUCUUGAAAAGUGUCAACAGUACAUUGAAAGACAGGUGGAGACAGCUGUUGAUGAUAGACGCCACGACCCAACUACAAGUGAUGGUGAUGUUGUUACGCAUCUUGCCACCGCGAUGAAUACCAGGCAUUUGUAUGACUCGGUAGUAAAGGACUGUGGCGAUGGUAUACCAACACCUUCAAUACAAUGGUUACGUUUGCAGUUUUGGCCACGUCGUUGCAAUUCCCUCAGUGCCACCAGGCAAAAAGGAACUCUUCGCAUUAAAUUCAUGGUUCAAGCGCGUCAAUUCAGGAAAUCACAUGUAGAUGUGCACUAUGCUUCAUCUUUAUUUAGGUACCAGAAAGAAUUCGCCGUCAAAUUCCGAGAAUACUGUUCCUAUAUCAGUUGUGAUGAUAAGCACACGAUUAAAGUAGGAGAACCCGGAUUUCCUGUUGCUUCAGAGGAACGUGUGAAACAAGUGUUGGUCGACAUGAACACAAAAUUCCAAGUUGGAGACCAUGACUUUACAAAAUUUAAACUUAUACCAAGUGUACAUCUUGACAUUGCUAUCCCGGAAGAUAUCCAAGGCUCGUUUUACAGAGGUAAGGUACAUGUUGGACUAAAAGAUAGUUGCUUUGAGUCGUCGUCUGGGCUGCGCCAUAUGACCGAAUUAAGGCAGAUCAUGGAACAUUCAGACACAAUCAAACCAAUGCUUUUGAUGUACACCGAUGGUGGGCCAGACCAUCGCACAACAUACCUUUCAGUGCAGAUUCCCUUGAUUGCAUACUUUCUUGACAAGGACCUUGACUUUCUUUGUGCAGUACGUACACCACCUUAUCAUAGCUGGAAAAACCCAGCAGAGCGUAUCAUGUCUAUACUUAAUUGUGCUUUGCAAUCUGUUGGACUUAUGAGAACCUCGACUGACAAGGAAGAGCUACUCAAGAAGUGUGGCAAUACCACAGAGAUACGAAAACUUGCUGAAGAUAAUGUAUCCGUCAAAGAAUCGAUUCAAGACUUGCUGCAGGCUCCAAUGUCCAUGCUCGAAGGACUGAUUAUGAAUUUAAAACUUAAAGAAGAUCAGUUUUCUAUAUUCCAGGCGUCAAAGAGCGAUGACAUGGAAAACCUGUGGGCAAAUAUUUUGAAGAUAGACCCAACCAUGACCCGACAAUGUACAACAAAGAAGUCAAUAGAGAAGAAGCAGUUGUUUAAUAAGUUUCUUGAAACCCAUUGCAGAAUACGACAUAUGUUCAGCAUAAAAAAAUGUGGUAAAGAUAGCUGCACCAUUUUUGCAAGGCACCCAGACUACCAGCUGAAUUGUUCAACGAGAUACACCACUUACCAGAUCCAGAACCAAGUCGACCCGACCACUACAAGCCAUUUGAUGAUGUGUACGGCCAGAAAACCUCGGAAAAGCACCGUCCGUCGUUAGUUCAGAGAAACCAAAGCAAUCAUGGAAUGCCCUUUUCACCAAGUGCUCAGUGUGCCAAGAAUGUCGGAAUUGUGGUUCAAUGUCAAGAUUGUGACAAAUGGAGAUGCCUGUAUUCCAAGAAAAAGAUUUCGCGUAAACUGCAUGGUAAAGUUGAAAGUGCGUUGGAGGAUUUGUCCUACACAUGUGGCAGUGUGUUCUCGGAUUUGGAGGAUGAAGAAAUGAGAGGGGUUUUUGAUUCAGUGUUUGUGAAAGCCAGUCUCGAUCCACGUUUACUGCGAUGA